UAUCGGGAUCGGAAUACAACUUGUGAAAGUGGAAAACAAAGAUGGCGCUUUCGCAAUAAAAUAAAACAGUGAUAGAGGAAAAGAUUCCAGAAAUAAACGAAUUUGUGAAACGAUUUAAAAAUAAAUCAUGUCUUACUGGUUCCACAGAAACCCGCUAAAGGCUACAUCUACUCUAACUUUUGAGUUAGCAGGCGUGUCAACGGACGACAAAACGAGACAAAUAUUCGCUCAAAUGCGUCAGACAAGGGGCAAACUGCUUGAACUGUUAACAGAUCCAAACCACGAAACUGUGACUGUGGAGAAGGCUGUCAAUGAUUACUUCUCUCUGCUUCUGGGCUUGAUACAGCCAUUUGAGGAAAAUGAAUCUGAAAAUAAACUGAGGAGAGCCAUAAAAUAUAGAUGGACAAACAGCCUACUAGGAAAUGCUGUCAAAGAGCAGCAAGAUUCUGUUUUUGAAGCUGCAAGUAUGGCAAUUAACGUGGCAUUAUGGUACACUAAACAUGCUGCAAAGUUAGCUGCCAAAGAAGAGCCAGAUAUGGAAGAAGCAAAGGAGGUACACAAAUGUCUGAAGAUUGCUGCAGGGAUAUUUACCUAUGUAAAGGAUGAUUUGAUAGGACGCCUGUCAGACAAUACAGAGAAUGCGAUCGACACAGACAGUCGUGUACUGGAUGCCUACAUUUAUCAUUGUACUGGGGAGGCCCAGGAGGUGACAUUGGCCAGAGCUGUUGAGAUGAAACAUUCUCCAAGUUUAAUUGCUGCUCUGUCCUACGAGACUUCCCAGCUGUAUCAAAAAGCAGAUGAUGCUUUGCAAAGUCUGGACAUCAAAGUAGUUGGGAAAUGGAGGAAGUACUUCCAGUUGAAGUGUGAAUUUUACAAAGCUUAUGCCUACUGCUAUCAGGGGGAGACAUUGUUGGCGCAGGACAAAUGUGGAGAGGCUGUACGAGGGCUGCAGGAGGGGGUCAAGUGUUAUGAGAAAUCUGAGGCUCUUUGCAAAGAAUAUGCUAGUACUAAAGGUCUGGGUACAUUUGCAAGACCAGCCAACCAUCUUUUCUUCAGAAAGUUAGGACCAGUUCUGAAAAGAACGCUGGAAAAGUGUGAAAGGGAGAAUGGAAUGAUCUACCACCAAAAAGUGGCAUAUGACCCUCCAGUUCUGGAGUUAAAGGCUACCUAUGGACUGGCUGCCCCCGAGCCAUUUACUCCCCCCGCCCUAAAUCCUCUCUGGAGCAAGGAGGUGUAUGAAAAAAUGAAUUCCAAAAUGGCACCAAAGCCUGAAAAUGACAAAGACAAGAAAGAUAAGCCAACAGAACUGCCGCCAGUGAAGGAGAAAGAGACUCCAAUGUCCGAGAAAGACCCAGGCACAUUCAGUGGAUGUGUGAUGUCAUAAUGGAUAUGUGAUGUCAUAAUGGAAACACUUGUCAAAACAGGACUGAAAACCAGACAUUCAGUAUCAGCAAUGUUAGCAAUGUAACACAUGUUUUAUGUGUGAAGAUAACAGAAACACAAUCUUAUCACCAAUAAAUUUUUUUUCUUUCCAUAAAUAAUUGGACUUUGAAUGAUGUACAAGAGCAUGAAGAACACACAGACUUCAUUAGAAAUUUUUUUGUUGUGAUAUAAAAAAAAAAUAUGUACAAGGCAUUGAUAAGGAUUUGUCUUUUCAAAUUGUAGAGCAUCAUAAUUAAAAAGGCCAAGAUAAACCUUUUCAAAGUUUAUACAUGUACUACAUAGUGUAGUGAUUUUUUUUUGUCAGGAGUGCAGUCUUUCAUUUAUUGUGUGAUGUAUUGUAGUCACCUUGUUAUGGCUCAUGGUUAUAAUAUUCAUGUAGUUAAAUGUAAGUAUAUUGUACAUACAUGUAUAUGUAUUUUUAGCCACCAUACCUUCUUGUAAUGAUCACAGUUUACCCAUUUCCUGGACAUGUACAUUGUAUUCUACCUAAUUGUUAUUGUCAUGUGGAGGCAUUUGUUUUCUCUUCACAGCAUACUGUACAAUAUUUAAGUAUUUCAUGAAUUGUUAUUAAUAUAAUAUUGUCUGCCAUAGCAUAAAUUAUAUUAUUUGGAAUUCACAUGAAUGUACAUAUUGGUAUGUACUCAGAAACAAAGAUUUUUUUUUUAUUUAGCAUCCUUUUGAAUUUAACAUGCAAAUCUUGUUUGUUGCUUUCAGUUAAUAAUUUUAAGCAUUUUUUGUUAUCAAAAUACAAUGCAAUUACUAGAUAAAAUUACUAAUACAAUGUAUACAUAAAAUUUUCCAGUAUACAUUCAUUGUAUUAUGUAUAUGUUUGUUGAAAUAAAUUGCAGAUUAGAUGUC